CUCCGGGACGGGCCCUGGGGGCGGGCCCCGCCUGCGGGGGAGGUGCUUCUGUCAUGGCCGCCGCCGCCGGCGCCGCGUCCCCGGCCGACAAGGAGAGAUUCAUCUGCAUUUAUCCAGCAUAUUUGAAUAACAAGAAGACAAUAGCAGAAGGAAGGAGGAUUCCUAUAGACAAAGCUGUUGAAAAUCCCACAUCUACAGAAAUCCAAGAUGUAUGUGCAGCAGUUGGAUUCAAUGUGUUAUUAGAGAAAAAUAAGAUGUAUCCUAGAGAGUGGAACAGAGAUGUGCAGUACAGAGGUAGAGUACGAAUCCAGCUCAAACAAGAUGAUGGCAACCCAUGUUUACCUCAGUUUCCAACACGUAAGUCGGUGAUGCUGUAUGCUGCAGAAACCAUUCCCAAACUGAAAACAAGAACUCAGAAGAUGGGAGGUAGUGAUCAAAGCCUUCAGCAAGGAGAGGGAGGCAAGAAAGGGAAAGGGAAGAAGAAGAAGUGAGCUCACACCUGAAAUCACUGUAAAAUCGCAUAGCUGCAUCUAAAACAAAUGCAGAUGGACAUGUUGCUGCAGCUUUGAAGUGAGAGAUACAAGCAAGAAAUAAAGAGGAGAAGUUGAAUAGAACUGCCUGCUUUAUCAGAACUGGAAUGCAUUUAGCUGCCUUGCAUCUGUGUAACAAUAAAUCUGUUUUCACACACAA